CUUUUAUCUGGGUUUUUACAGGUUUGGGUGUUGACAUCGAGGGUGUGCAGUGUGAAUGUCUACAAUUCUUUGAUGCACUCUGUGCCUUCUUUUCAAAGCAAAUAGAACCAUGUUUCUUACUCUGUGUGGAAGAGGAAGAUGUUUGUCAUCAAAGUUAUUAACCAGUGUGAAAGCUACGUCCAGACUUGGUCAGAAAAACCUACAGACUGGCUGUCCUCUGGUCGCUGUGAACAAAGCUCCACAUAUCCGCAUAUGUGGAAAACACAGAGCAAAUCAGAAAACACGUCCUGUUAUCCAGCAUAUAUGUGGGUUCCGCACUAGUCAACAAAACAGGGCAUUUCAUCCCAUCAUCUGGGUGUUGUUAAAACCUACUUUAAAGGUUUUCACAGUCAUUACAUCACGAGUAUAUCGACAAUGGUUCAAGGAUCUGCCAGGAUGGAAAAAGUUGAUGUAUGUGUUGGUGUAUGUGUCAAUGGUCGGCAUACCAUUGAUAUUAAUGUACCAUUUAUACACCUCCAACCAAAUCACACCCAUAACCAACCGGAAACAGUUCAUCAUACUUACUCCAGAACAGGUUCUGAAGGUCAGCGAGUAUGAAGCUGAACAGCACAUAGAACAGUACAAGGAUCGGACGUUACUAUCCUCACAUAUUCUGUACCAGCCACUGUUGCGGGUAGCCAAGAGACUGUUGGCAGCCAAUUCAGACCUGCCAAUACUUAAAGAUUUGAAGUGGAAAUUAAUCAUUGUCGACGAUCCAGCACUCAAUGCUUUCGUCCUCCCAACCGGCCAUGUUUUCUUCACAUCAGCAAUGUUGAAUUUGAUUGAAAAUGAGGACCAACUGGCUGUUGUAUUUGCUCAUGAAAUGGCACACGCUGUUUGUUCACAUUCAAUUGAGGCACUGUCUAAGAGCCAGUUUCUUGACUACUGUAUCAUCUUCUUCAUGACUGCUAUCUGGACCAUGAUACCAUCAGAUGGAAUCGCCAUCAUCACCCAGUACUUCAUGGAGAAAGUCAUGCAUUACACCUUCACUUUGACCUUCAGCAGAGAGUUGGAGGAAGAGGCUGAUGUGGUAGGCCUGGAAAUGGCAGCUAAGGCAUGUUUUGAUGUCCGAGAAGGAAGUGUUCUGUGGAGAAAUAUGAUGAUGGUGAGAGAUCUCACUGGAGCAAAAGGUCUAGAAUUUACAUCAACACAUCCUUCUAAUGAAAAUCGAAUAUCCACCAUGGAAAAACUAAUGGCAAAGGCUAUCAAUAUACGGGAUGAGUGUAAAUGUCCAAAGCUGCCUGAAAUUGACCCUCGCAUUCGUGCUAAAAUGAUCCAGAAAAAAGUUGACAAUGUGGUUAUCGCUCGUAAAGCAGGACAGAACUUAUCCUUGGUACCCAAGGUUUCCAGCACAGGUAGAAUACAGCAGCCACAGAAAGUGUGAAUUGGACAGACAAUAAGUAUUAUAUCAGCCUUCACGAACUUCUUGGCCUGGACUCCAUUUAUAAUUGAGGUGCUGGUCAUUGAGAUAUAUUUACUACACAAAGGUUAAAAAACAAUAUUAAGGAAGUUCUAAAUUUGAUAAGAAAUACAACUGAAGAUAUCUGUGCAAAGUUUAACAGCUGUUGAUUCUUGUGACCUAUAGAAUUUUAUAACAAGUGUGUACAGAAACGGUAUAUCUCUGAAAAUGUAACCAAAAGUUACAGCAGAAUUAUUAUGUGACAAGGAAAAGUUGGGUACUGUCAAUCAGUUGAACUGAACAGAGAGGUACAAGUUGACAGUAAAUUUUGUACAGACAAACGUACCUGUAUAUCUUUAACAUACAGUAAAUUAGGAUAUUACAUAACUUUGACCCUUAAAUACUGUGUACUAACCAUGGGGAAUCUCCUUCCCAGUACCAAACAUUUGCCCUCCAUGACAAAGGUAAAAUUAUCAAGACCGUAAGUUAAUGAUGGAGGACCCCUAGUGGUAUCAGGGUAUGUGUUUGUUGUUAUCAAUAUAAUACUCCAGUCAUUUCCUGAGAUUGGACUCGAAGAGGGUGAAGGGUCUCUUUGGAGAAUGCCGAUUUGGUAUUACAUUUACUGUAGUGAGUGUGACUGGAGGUUGAAAUGGAGUGCUGCUAGUUUGUACCCGGACUGAGAAUACCUUAUAACAUGUGUCAGUUACUAUGUAAUAAAGUGAACACUUGAAUAUAAAAUUCUCAGCAUUAUUAAAAAAUAACUACCAUAAAAAUCUUGAGCAGCUACAUGUGUGAACAUGGAUGAUGUGAUGUGUGGGAGUAGAUGGUUGCUUACAAGUGUCUUAAGGUUCCAGUUUGAGUUUUUGUUUUUAGGUAUUAAUCAUGUUAUUGUUCUUCGAAAUCUACCUCAUGUGUAGAUGCAAUAAUUAAAACAUAAAACCUGAUGCUGACAUCAGAACCGUCUGUAUCUGUAUCUGUAUCUGUAUCUGUACCAGCUGAUGUCACCACUAGUUACUUUGAUUUUAUUUUUUUUUUCAAAUUUUAAACUUCAGAUUGGUUAAGUGCUGUAAUAUAAAAUAGUGUAUGUAAGAAUUGAAGAAAAUGAUAGACAAGUAAGAAUACUGCAAAGUAUUGGACUUUUUGGAUUUUUACUUUAUUCAAGCUAAACUUAGCACUUACUAGUAUUAAAAUAAUUGGCUCAGUUUUUAAACUUUUAGCAUAUCAUUAACAUGACCCAAUUAUCAUUAGUAUUAGUGUAAACACAAACUUAACCAAAUACUUCACUGUUAUCAUUAGUAUCAGUGUAAACACACUGAAUGUGUUGUAGUUCAUGGCACAUAGAUAUAAGUCUGAAUCAUGUUUGAAGGGAUUUAAAACACAACUUUUUUAUUAAUACUGUUAAAGCCAGGAAUGGGUUUGGUACAGAUAUCCACACCGUACACAUAUUACAGACCAUCGUGUGGAGAUCUUUGUCACAGCCGUUUGACCAGAGAUACUCAUUUCAGUGCUCCUGAUGUUUUACUGUCCGUGACAUACAUGUGAUGUUUCAUGUAAAAUUGUUUGUGUGAUCUUAUUGUUGAAAGAUAAAAAUAUAUUAAUGUCAUAAUCACCAGACAAGCUUGUGUACCAGGACAUCUGUGAUACAGUUUAAGUUUUAAUUUAAGAAAUAAAGUGUGAUGUUUUUAUCUUC